ACUCAGGUCUCGCGUGGCUUUGCUAGCUGCUUGCUGCUCAACACCCAUGGCGACAUCAGUAUUCAGGCGGCGCAGUAUACGGGCGCUCACAGUUACCCUGCACGGUACUAGGAUAUUGCAAAGCCCUGCUGCAUGCAGACAAAAGUCAUCAAUGCAGAAUCUCAUGCGUCAAGAUUUGCCCAAGCUGGCUUACGUGAAGUUAAAAGGCAAAAGUCCAGGAGUCAUUUUCUUACCAGGCUUUGCAUCAGAUAUGUCUGGGCAGAAAGCACUAGCACUUGAGGACUUCUGCAAGUCUCUUGGACAUUCGUUUAUCAGAUUUGAUUACACUGGAUGUGGAAGUUCUGAGGGCGAUAUAAAAGAAUGCACUAUUGGAAAGUGGAAGAAGGAUGUGCUUUCUGUGCUUGAUGACCUGUCGGAAGGGCCUCAGAUAUUAGUUGGGUCAAGCAUGGGAGGAUGGCUUAUGCUCCAUGCUGCAUUGGCACGUCCAGAAAAGGUAGCGGCUCUUGUUGGUGUUGCUUCUGCAGCAGAUCAUUUUGUCACUGUUUACAACCAACUUCCUGCUGAGGAAAAGAAGGCUGUUGAAGAAAGCGGUGAAUUGAAAUUACCCUCGAAAUACGGUGAACAAGGCUUUUAUAGCAUUCCACAUUCCUUUAUUAAAGAAGCAGAAAACCACUGUUUGUUAAAUAGUCCCAUUGCUAUUACUUGCCCUGUUCGUCUCAUCCAUGGAUUGAAAGAUGAAGACGUCCCAUGGCAUGUGUCCAUGCAGAUCGCUGACCGUAUUCUCAGCACAGAUAUAGACAUUAUUCUUCGGAAGCAUGGUCAGCAUCGGAUGAGUGAGAAGGAUGACAUUAAACUUCUUGUCUAUACUGUUGACGAUUUAAUAGAUAAGCUGACAACUCUGAGAUAGGCUGGUGCCUUAACCAACCAAAUGAUUCAAUGUUAGACAAUAUCCAGGUCUUCCUCUUCUAAAGAGUAUUUGAAACUAGAAAAACACCUUGGCGUUUUCAUUUUAUAAUUAGUAUUAAAAAUGUACUAAACAUUAUUUACUUCUUUCCUACUGUUGUUCUUACAUAACUGUGAUUUUUUUUUUUUUUAUUUGAUUUGUACAGAACCAGAUCUUUAUAUAGACUAUAAACCUAAAUAUUUGUUCACUGGAAUAAAACAAAAUAAAUAUCUAACAUUA